AUGAAUCACUAUUGCUUGUUCGAUCGAUUACCUGUCGAAUUAUUACAUGAUUUAUUUACAUAUUUUUGGGCACAUGAAAUUCUACUUAGUUUUUCUGAUAUAAGUAAUCGUGUCAAUGCUGUUUUAUUAGCUUAUGUUGAUUAUCAACUCAAUUUUCGAUCUAUUCAAAAGGAUCAUUUUGAUCUGAGUUGUAAACGUAUUCGACCAGAACAAGUCAUUUCAUUGAUACUUUCUGAUGAAAGUGAUACACCUGCUCAAUCACAAUUAUUCUUUUCUCGUUUUCAUAUUGAGCAGUUUACUCAGUUACAAACGUUAACAUUGAUUGAAAUUGAAUCACACUCAUUAAAAUGGAUUUUUCCAAAUUUAUCCAAAUUAAAAUUAUUACGUUCAUUAACAUUUCUUGUUACAAUGACUAGAAAAGAGUAUCAAAAUCAAAUAUAUAAUGUUCGAUCAUUAGUACAUAAAAGUUUUACAAAAAAUAUCCCUCGUCUUCAUCGAAUUCAUAUGAUAGAUGGAAUGUUUUUAUCAUCUAUGCCAUUUGCAUAUCUUCGUCAUUUACAUCUUGAAAAAUGUUCAAUCGAUGAUUUACAAAUUUUAUUUCGACAUUCAACUCAACUCAGAUCACUUUCUCUUUGUUUGAAUAUGUAUUCAUCGACUUCUGAUCUUAUUCUAUUUCCUAUUCAAUUGAUUCGACUUCAUUUAAAAACUGAAAGGAAAGACAUAUCGAUGAAUGAAAUGGAAUAUUUUUUAUCUGAUCUUCCUUAUCUACAACAUUUAUGCUUAGAGCUUCAUGGUUCACAAGAUCUUUUCGAUGGUUAUCGAUGGCAAAACUUGACUUGUAAUUUCAUUACAUUUAAUUUCAAAUUCAAAACACAACACCAUCUGAACAGAAAUGUUAUCGAAUCAUAUUUGACUCCAUUUUGGCUUGAAGAAAAACAUUGGUAUGUUGGAUAUAAUUCUUAUUGUAUAUUCUCCAUACCUUAUUUUGCUCCUGAUGAACUUGAUAUGUCACAACAUACAAUUUUUCUUUCAUCAGCACCAGAUUUAACAUUAUUGAAUAGAUGUGUGAAUAAAAUAUCAUUAGGAGAAAAUGAAUUCAAAUUUGAUGGUUAUCUCCCUAAUAUUAAUACAUUAAAAAUUCGAUUACCUGUCUCACUAUCAUUUCUUACAUCUAUUAUUGAUCUUGAUCAAAUAAAACAUUUAUCUCUCUUAUCAUUAGAUGAUAUACUAAGAUAUUUGCCUUUAGAAGAUACAAUGCCACAACUUCAUGAAUUAUCCAUUUGUAAUCGGGUGGAUAUAAAUACAAUCAAUCGAAUACCAAAUCAUCGAUUUGCACAGAUUGAUAAAUUAAAAAUAUUUCUAUACGGUCAACAUAGUGAAUAUAUAACUGAAAAAUUAAUUCAGCUUUUUCCAAAUGUCAAUCAUUUAAACUGUACACUUAAGUGUGUUCCCGAACAAAUUAUGUAUCAUUGUAUCAAUGGAUUUAAAUAUUUAUCAUAUGCAUCGUUCUAUCUUCCUGUAGGGGUAUUUUUAGGGUUAAAUAAAUAUAAUUGGAAUGAAAAUAUCGAGUCUAUCAUUGCAGACUCAUCUAUGAAAAGAGAUAAUUUUAUAUGUCAAGUUAAUCAAUCAGGGAUCGAUGAUGUAUGGCUUGAAGUUCAUUGGUGGUUUGGAAAACAAGUAAAUCAAUUUCAUUAA